AUGGAUCCCGUGGAUCCCGCUGGGGAGCAGGGGGAUCAGUGGGAUCACGCCAAGGGGCACCUCCCAUCAAGCCCGAAAUCUGCCGCAUCCAUAGUAACAAACGCUCUACAUUGGCACAACGUCAUCAUGGCUACGGCAUCCGCCGGCCCAGGUCCGAACGAAGCCUACCUCAAGCUGAUUGCCAAUCCAGAGAACGCAUCGCUCGAUAUCAUCGCCGUCCACGGUAUGAACACCAGAAAUGAUCUUGAUCACCCGAACAAGGCUUGGACCCAUCAAGAGCCUGGUAUCCCUCAAAAGUCCGGUACCCACUGGCUGCGAGAUCUGCUCCCGUCGAGUGUCCCACAUGCCCGUAUAAUGGCGUACCAAUAUAACGCCAACGUUGCGUUUGACUCGUCGACUGCUGGCGUUCAGGAGCAGGCUGAGAACUUGCUCCAACAUAUUUUGGUCGAAAGAGAGAAAGCUCAUGCCCAUUCGCGACCCAUGGUUUUCAUCGCCCAUAGCUUGGGCGGUAUCAUCGUCAAACAUGCGCUGGCCACAGCAUACAACACAUCCUCUGGGGAACGUGCCGCAAUCUACGUUUUCACUUUUGCGCUGUUUCUCUUCGGCGUCCCUCACCGAGGAUCGAGCGUUCCCCGACAGGCAUGGGCAUCCAUUGCUACACGAAUCUUCCAGCUCUGUGGCAACUCGAUCAACGCCUCAUUUCUAAACAGUGUGACGGAGGGCUCGAGCUACGCGGAGCAAUUGGAAGACGGUUUUAAACCCCUACUCGGUUUCUACAAUGUCUUCACUGUUUGUGAAACAAAAGGAGAGGGUGCCUUUGGCAUCAUCGUCCCGAAAGAGUCGGCUACCCUCGGCGCUUUUUCAGAGGAUGUGUAUUACCCAGAUCGCAGUCACCGGACCAUCUGCAAGUUCCGAGACUCAGACGAUCCGGUGUGGCAGCACGUGUCCGAAAUGCUCUCGCGAGCUGCUGAGCGGGCUGUCAGAUCUACACAUUACAGCUCAAUCAGCGACACAAGGAAGGCGAUGCUUUAUACGCAAGUUGUUCGCCGACAAGCUACCCAAUCCAUUGACAAAGCCAUUGAGCAAGCGCAGAACACCAUCAAGCGACUCCAAACAGGCCAUGAGACUACCAGAGAACUUGAUCAACUUGUUCAUGCUCAGACCGCCGAGAUCUUUAGCUAUGCCCUGUCCUGGGGCGUUAUCAUCUCAUAUAUCCUGUCGAUCAUUUCCGGAUCCUGGCUGCUGCUGUUCGUGGUGAGAGCAAUCGUAAGUCUCCCAAGCCCUGUAGUCGUAACGCAGACGGUGGAGCAGGGCCUCGAACGCCAGCAAAAGAUCGUCCAUCUCACCAAGCAAGCCAUCAAAGCCCUAGACUCCGAAUGCCACUCCGCGGUACAGACAUACAACACUCUCCAGGCUUUCUUGGUUCCAGGGAUCAGCGUUGGCACCGUAUCCGCAGCAAACCAGCUCGAGCGGGUGCGCCCUCUUCAACUGGACCUCGACAGGGAAAUCGCACGAACCGUGCAAAAAGCACAUAAACUGGCCCACCUGGAUCUCCCAGAGUCGGAAAGAAGACUGAAGCUCGUCCACAAAACCGUGGACAAAGUGAAGAGCUUGGAAAAUGCUGACUCGGCUACAUUCUGGAUGGAGAUGUCCCCGUACGCGGAAAAGGAGGUGGAAGCGGAAAGGCAACACCUUGUGGAAAAGGGCGCUAAGGAUGAAGAUGUUUCUAGCUGCUUUUGCGUCAUUCUUUGA